CAGAAAUAAUGUGUCCUUCUUGGGCAUGUACUUUGCGAAUUGAUAUAUUCCGCAUAUCAUACGCCGCAUGGGUCCACGUUUGCAUUCCUUCUUCGCUACUUUAGUUGGAACGUCGGUCGCCUUCACCUCAGGGUUGUCCUUGGGCUAUUCUUCGGCUGCCGCGUUUCAAGUGUUCUUCAGCUUGGGAUGGUCUUCGGUUUUCGCCAGUUCUUUGAACGUCGGUGGCCUCGUCGGGAGCCUUCUCUCUGGUUACUUACUUUCAAAAUGUGGGCGCCGUUGGACCAUGUGUUUUGCAUGUCUAACUAGUGUUAUAGGGUGGAUGUCUCUUCGCGUUUCUUCCAAAAGCGUAUACGAGGCUUAUUCUCCCACAAUUUUGUUCAUUUUUGGACGAAUUCUAACGGGUGUUUCUGCUGGCAUUGCGAUCCCAUCUUCAGCUACUUAUUUGAUAGAAAUCGCCCCACGCGAAUCCCACGCGUUGUUCUGCACGCUCACUCAAAUAGGGAUCGUCUCUGGCAUUAUGAUUGCAUACAUAUUUGGAGCUUGGUUACGGUGGGAGGACGCUGCUCUUGUGGACGCACUGAUUUCGCUUCUUUUGCUGGCUUUAAUUCCAUCUAUCGUUGAAUCACCCAAAUGGCUUUUCAAAGUUGGUCGAACGCAGCAGGCCAACGCAGCUCAUACUCGACUCUCUGGUGCGGCUUCUGUUCCACUCUGCAAUGAAUCGAUGUAUCCCGUCGAAGAGGGACUUGAACAUGACGCCCCUCUCAAACUGAGGGCACGCGAUUUCAUUCUGCCGUGUGGCGCCAUACCCCAAGCACAAAAGUCUCGGCUACGCGUGGCGAUGCUGCUCAUGGUGUUUCAACAGAUGUCCGGGAUCAAUGCCAUAUUGUAUUAUGCCGAAUCUGUGUGCAUGAUCGGUGGGUCCUCGUGGGCAACAAGGUGCGCCAUAUUAUUGGGCGUUGCACAGUUGGUGUUCACGGUCGGCGCGGCCUUCGUCAUCAAUCGUUUCUCCCGAAAGCGAAUGCUUCAAUGGAGUUCGUUGGUAAUGGCUGUGGCACAUUCACUUCACGGUGCAUUACUUCUAUAUGAUUCCACUCACCCUCUUGCCAAUAGUUUGGGCAAGAUCUUCAUACUACUAUUUCUCCUGGGGUUCUCUUUUGGCUGGGGUCCACUGCCCAUCUUGGUGUGCAUGGAUCUCUUCCCAACUUCCGUUCGAGGAUUCGGUGCCGCCGCCGCAAUCGCUGUGAAUUGGAUCACCAGCUUUGUAGUUACCUUUGCCUUCGAGCCACUUGGCUUGCUACUCGGAAUGUCCACACUUUAUUUUGCCUUUGCUUUAUUUUGUGUAUUUGGUUAUUUGUUCACCGGUCGUUAUGUGCCGGAUUCCUCGAAGGCGGACUUGCUGUGA